AUGGAUCGGCACGUGAGCGGAGAUACCGCCUCUGACUCCAGUCAAAAAGGUCUUGCAGAUCUUAAUAUUGACCUCUCAGACCUCAUUGAUGAUAUGCUUGCGUUAGUUUACAUGGAAUCCGUGUCGGGGUCGGCUGGUGGAAAUGAGGCUGGAAUCGCCAACGCUACCCUGGCUACUCGAAUAACCCAUGUGCGGGCCUCAGUUCAAAAGGCCCAAGAAGCCUGUAAGCAUUUGCAGGGUUGUGAUCUGGACCUUCAAGCCCAGAAAAACCUGCUCACAGCCGUUGGAACUACCUGUAUAGCAAAGCGACAGCUUCUCUGUGAUUUAAAACGCGAAUUACAGGAACUUACUGCCCAAACUGAUCCUUACUCCAUGUGA